AUGAACAUGAUUGAAGAGCACAAAGAGAGAGUGACAAAAUAAGUGUUCAGUCGAGAGAUUUGGAUGGAGACUGUAAGGAUUAGACUGAAUUAAUUUAUUUUUUGAGAACGUCUGUGACAUACCUGGCUUGUAUUUACAAUGGAUUCCGCAUACCUGAGAAAGAGUGCUUUGACCCUUUACAUGUUGGUAGUUUUCAUCCUGCAUGUGAGCAUUGAUACACAAGGUGUAAAAGGUCAAGCCCCCACAUGUCCUCUCUUGAAAGUUCAUAGAGGGACUGUCCAUAAAGCCUUCAUAAACAGGCCUUUCAAGAUCUCCUGCAAUCUGACAUAUUGUGAUGAACAGACAGUGAAUGUGACAUGGACUAAACAAAACAUGAGAGAAUGGAUUCCAAUAUCUGGAGCAGAUCAAAUAUCAACAUCACAAAACUAUUCAUCAUCCGAUCCAAAUAUGUUGACUUCAUAUUUAACUUUCACAAAUAUAUCAAAGCAUCAUGAAGGCUCUUACAGAUGUGAACUAAACUUACCAGACUUCUCUAUGAAUAGCCAUCAUAUAAAUGUUUCUGUCUCAGAUAACAUCACGGAAUAUGAAAUGACAAUAGAAAGAGACAACACUGAUAGCAGCUCUGGUACAUAUCCAUGGUGGCUGCCGUAUCUCUCCAUCUGUUUGGGUGUGCUGAUUCUGGUUCUUAUAGUAAUGCUGAUCUCAAUACUGUGUAUUAAUGGAAGUAAAAGUUCGAGAAGAAAGAAUGCACAGAGAUCAAAGGUUCAGUAUACAGCAACAUCUGUCUUGUCGUCAUCAAGCCCUAUUGUUCUGAAGCGUGAUGAAUUAGUCUGUGGCCAAGGACUACAGAAGCACUCUCGUGACAGCAACUCAUGCAGUUUAACAUUACAAUCUGGACAGUCUACAUCACACAUGUCAGAUUGUAGUGAUGAUGCUUUGUCUGAGAGGAAAGAUAGCAGGUCAAGUCAGGUUGUAUAUGCAUCUCUGCAUCACCUCGCACCAAAACCAUCAUCUACCACAUCUCGUGAGACACAGGAGGAGUUUUCAGAGUAUGCAUCUAUCCGGGUCUUCUGAUUUUCUGUCUGCAUAACCAGCAGACACAGCUGAACAACAUUUUCAAGUCUCCAGACUUAAAUACUGAGGCAGUUUGUCCAACCGUAACAUACUGUUAAUCUAUUCUUUCUAACUGGAAGCAGGAGAUGUAUUCAUGUUUCACUUUCCUCAUUACAUCACGGAAAAGCAUUGCUGUGAGUUGAGUGAGGUUUCUAUAAGUGAAACUCACACCACUUAUCACAUGUGUCUGAUGCAACACUCCCAUAUCCUGGAGACUAGUCUUAGUGUUAUAAACUAAAACUUAAAAAUAAUGUUUCCAAGACUAGAGAUAGAUUUUUUCAGUACUGUUGAUGUUACAGCCAAAUUAGUUAUUGCUAGUAAAGAAGCUGAGAAGGUUAACUCAUACUUGGGAUAGUAAUAGAUUAUAAAUUAAAAUUAGGUGGAAAAUGCAAAUCUUGUUUGUCAAAGCACACAAGUGAUUAUAUUUACCUAUAUAUUAAGUAUUUUUGAUGUGGACAAAUUUAUACAGAUAAUGUUUUACAGAUAUUUUAUUAGAAUUUGUACAUUUUGUAUGCAAAUUCUUUCUAGAUACAGAGCCUGUAAGAUCUUGCAGAUCUUUUGUUUCAAAUGCAGUUUUGAUCAUAAACGCUUAUUUGAAGCACAUCAAUAUGGGUGCAUUUAACAUUUUUACAUGCCAUACCUUAAACACAUGAGGAAUGGUAUAUUGCUUAUCCCUGGGUUUGUGGAUGUGUAUGUUGUGAUCUUUUAUAUUAUAUUUCGUUUGUUUAUCAUUGUUGAUUCCACAGAAAUUCCCCUGUGAACGGACGACAAAGAGUACUAAGAAAAUGAAAAAAUUCAUAGUUACAAUAGUAACAGCUAUGUGUAUUGUACAACCUUAUACUGAUUUUCAGUUUAGGACCUUUUGAGCCAUGCAUAAUUUUUUUUUGAGCAGUCAAUGCAAUUUGGGAAAGAAAUCAAUUAAGCUUAUUUUAAAGUAAGUGUG